AUGACCGUUGCUACUGGUCGAGCUCUGCAUCAUGGCGGAGUAUCCCAGCAACCCUGGCCGCAGUCAGCCUAUUCCACUCCUUUCCCUAGAACGAAUCCUGGAGUUAGCGCUCCUUCGACCGCAGAUCGGCAAAAUGCUCAUCCUGUGUCCCCGGAUGAGCAGCCGAGUAUACCCGGCACGCCUCAAGGAGCCUUCUCGAACGGCGUGGAGAUGGCUGGGACGAACACCGCCAUCCAGUCACGACCCAAGCUACUGCCAACUCAGGAGCAGCUCUCACACGCAGUGAGCGUGAUCCAGAAUAUGAAACGAGUUUUCUCAGCAAAACUGCCGACGAUGCAACUGCAUCCAUUAUCAGAUGACCAGCGCAUGGAGUACUACCGGCUACUACAGCAGCUUCACGAGAUGACUCGGGACCUUGAUGCCAAGCUACCAAUGUACUUGAUUGUGUUGCAUUCGGAUAUUAUGAUUUGCAACCUCGUCGCCAUCGUAUCAUUAGUGGUGCAUCAAAGGGCUAGCUAUCCGACAGAGUCAUGCUGGGUCAUAAUCGAUCCCUCCGCUCUACAGAGCAUGUAUGGCUUACUACAACAGAUGCUCGAAACUGUUGUCGUACCCCAACAAACGGAUGAUGGAUUUGCUGAGCUUCUCCUAAAUCAACCAUCUCCCUCAUCUACCGCUCCCAGUGACAUUCCCUUCACUCAGUCAAUCCCCCAAAUCCCUAUCCCAGACUUAACUAGACACAUCACCCGAUGCAGCCAAGACCCCGUUGACGGCGGUGCAUACGGAAAUAUUUACCAAUGUCUAUACUAUGGUUAUAUAAUGGUUGCCGUCAAAGUAUUUCGGCGAGAGCUCGGGAUUUGGAAGAGGUUGCAACAUUCGAAUAUCUUGAAGUUCAUGGGUAUUACUAGAGGCUUUGGCUCCUCUGUAGCGCUGGUUGCUCCGUGGAUAGACAAUGGCACUCUGACGUCGUUCCUCAAGAGGAACAACGGGAUCCUCACGCUACAUGAUCGUCUGCUUCUGGUGAGAACUUCAAGGACUUUCCCGCUUUGUGACAUCGAGCUCACCAUUUCUUGGCCAAGCUACAUGGUGCAGCCGCUGGCCUCGACUAUCAAUAAUGUCCUCGUCGGUAGUAAUAACACUGCAUACCUUGCAGACUUUGGCCUUUCGGGAACUCUAACAAAAUCGCCCGGCAUGACGUACCUCGCGAAGAUGAGCUGUCGUCCAGGAGCGUUGAGAUGGGCAGCUCCUGAGCUUCUUUCAGUAGAUGAAUCAGCCGCCUCUGCACCCACCACUCGAAGCGAUAUCUACUCCUUUGGUUGCAUCAUGCUUCAAGUCUUGACUGGAGAUGUUCCCUGGCAUCACUUGAAAAUCGAUUUCGCAAUCUGGUCGAAAGUGACCGUAGGGGAAAUUUAUCCUCGUCCCGGUUGUGUCACUGACCGUCACUGGAAUUUUAUGACCCGUUGCUGGUCUAUGACACCCACCGAUCGGCCUUCUGCCACGGAAGUACUUCAAUUUGUUGAUAGCAAACUCGCUUUGAGACAUGAUACACAGGAUACCAUCUCGACCGCCAUGAUCCAAGACGCAGCAAACUGCCAGUGGAACGAAUGGAUAAGGUCACCUAUUCGGUAUUAUAACCUCACAUUGAACUCACAAAUUACAUUUACCGUAUGUGAUAUCGGAGGACCACGCACAGCGGUGCCUGUUGGUAGCUCAACGUUCAGGAUGUUGGAAGGAAAUAGUCUGUUAGGUAUAUUUGCAAUGCAUUGUAAGGGUCACUACAUCAGGACAUUGCGCCGAGGAAAACACCGCUGGCUGCUCUGGUCAGGUCAAGAAGCAGAUGGUUCCAUGCGGACCAAGACUCCUAAUUGUUUAGAGAAGCUCGUCAAGAAAUACGAGCGAAGCGACCUAUCAAAGUCAGAUUGGUUAGACAAUAUGGCCUUCAGAAAGAUGGAGGAGAUACAUGCUAGUACCGAAGGCAGAGACAGAAAAGUCAAAGAGCAUGCAUCUCUAUACCGAACCUCCAUGUUCCGGCUUUCCCGUGAUAUUCAGCGAGCCCAUCCACAUCUGUGGGCCAUCCUUCUGGAGGACAAGCAUCGCCGGCUCGUGCUGAGUCACCGAAGUAGUCCAUAUGACAGGGAGCUCAAACCUAAUGCCAAGAUUAGGGAUGAACUUUGGGAAAUACUUAACUAUGCACCCUCUCAAUAUCUCAACUCCGAGGAGAAAGACCUCAUCCGGAAGUUUCGCUUCUCCCUUGCACUGGACACGCGUGGGCUCACCAAGUCCCUCAAGUAUGUCACUUGGCGAGAUCCUUCGGAAGUCAAGCAGGCAGUUGAGGAGCUGCUACCGAUGUGGACAGAGGCCGACACGGAUGACGCUUUGGAGUUUCUCGAACCGCGAACCGUGGACUCGAGAGAGCUUCUGUUGUAUCUCUUGAAACUCGAAAGUGCCUCUAUAGAAGUAGAAUUGGAAGACAAGGUUGUAGCGAAAAUGUACGGGCGGGUGGUAUUCAAGUUUCUGAACAAGAUUCUAGAGGUAACCAGACUUCCACUUGUAUUACCCUCGCUGACGAACCCAGUUCCUCAGUUAAAAAAUGGCAGUGAACGCUGCGAGCUCAUGCGACAGCAAGGCGUCCUCGUCGAAACCCUCACCAAACGAGCCGAGGAGCUACGCACAUCUAAAGACCCACGACCGAAGAAAAAAAAAAACUCCACUCCUUCAUCGACUCCAAGAACGGGCUCGUCGCCAUUUCUCCCCUACCUCUGCCACUCGAUGCAUGCAUGGAGAUCACGGACAUCAACGCUGAGAAGUUUGUUGGCUCAGAGUAUCCUGAAGAUGGGGAUGACAUGCGCAAGGAAGGGGGAUCUAGACCUGAAACUCAUUUCACAUGACGUGCUGGCGACUGGGCCGUUGCAGGUUAUGGUGCAGUUGAUACCCAGCAAGACUAAGACUAUCGCGGCGAUUAUCAGUGAGAAUGGGAUGCUCUUGAAUUAUUUGAGAGCGAAUAAUCCGGAUGAGGGUGGCGUUGGAACGUGCGCAGUUGUGGUGGGUCGUUCUGCGGUCCUGGCGGUGAUGUGCGCUAAACCUUCGUUGGUAGUUGGACACUUCGUCGUGACGUACCUGCUAGGUGUAGGCGACCGGCAUUUGGACAACCUUUUACUGGCACCGGGUGGUCACUUUUUCCAUGUCGAUAUUGGGUACAUCCUUGGUCGUGAUCCCAAGCCGUUUCCUCCUCCCAUCAAAGUCUCGCUGAUGGUGGACGCCAACAUCGACAAGGAUGAUGACGAUGUGGAAGAGGAAGAAGACGAGCUGGCGUUACCUCCGAAGUUAAAGUGGACGUGCGAGGCUCAGCAUAGGGUCAUAGACAAUUCAGUCGCAUGUGAUCCCAAUCUCGAACACGCAGCGAACGGCAAGGGCAAACAACGACUGGUGUUGGAUGAAGAGCUUGCGCGAGCUGGGACUAGAGAGCGAGGAGUUGGUCAGGACGGGCACUGGGAGUGCACGCCGAGAAUUCCAGCUAAGUUUAUGGGCGUAGGAUAUGUGCGGGGCGCCGAGGACGAUGGAAUGAGCCAGUGCAGGAGGAUACCCCGGCGGAGGGGCUAG